AUGACCGUACUACCCUCACUAAAGGUGACUGUACCACCCUCACUGAAGGUGACUGAUCCACCCUCACUGAUGAUGACUGUACCAACUCACUGUGAUGACUGUAUCACACUCACUGCAGUUGACUGUACCAUCCUCACUGAAGAUGACCGUACCACCCUCACUGAAGGUGACUUUACCACCCUUACUGAAGAUGACUGUACCGAAUUCACUGAAGAUGACUGCACCACCCUCACUGAAGAUGACUGUACCAUCCUCACUGGUGAUGACUGCACCACACUCACUGAAGAUAACUGUACCACCCUCACUGAAGAUGACUAUACCACCCUCACUAAAGAUGACUAUGACUGUACCAUCCUCACUGGCGAUGACUGUACCACCAUCACUGAAGAUGACUGUAGUACCAUCCUCACUGAAGAUGACUGUACUGCCCUCACUAAAGAUGACUGUAGUACCAACCUCAUUGAAGAUGACUGUACCACCCUCACUGAAGAGGACUGUGCCACCCUCAGUAAAGGUGAUUGUAGUAUCAUUCUCACUGAAGAUGACUGUACCGUUACCAAUGAAUAUGGCUUUAGUACCAUCCUCACUGAAGAUGACAGUAUCACCCUCACUGAAGGUGACUGUACCACCUUCAUUGAAGAGGACUGUGCAACACUCACUGAAGAUGACUGUACCAUCCUCACUGAUGGUGACUGUACCACACUCACUGAAUAUGACUGUACCAUCCUCACUGAAGAUGACUGUACCACCCUCAGUGAAGUAGACUGUACCACCCUCACUGAAGAUGACUGUACCAAACUCACUGAAGAUGACUGUAGUACCAUCCUUACUGAAGAUGACUGUGCCACCCCUACUGAAGAUGACUGUACUAUCCUCACUGGUUAUCACUGUACCACACUCACUGAAGGUGACUGCACCACCCUCACUGAAGGUUACUGUACCACCCUCACUGAAGAUGACUGUACCACCCUCACUGAAGGUGACUGUACCAUCCUCACUGGUGAUCAAUGUACCACACUCACUAAAGGUGACUGUACCAAUCUCACUAGUGCAGAAUGUACCAUCCUCACUGUUGAUGACUGUACCACACUCACUGAAGUAGACUGUAAAGCCCUCACUGAGGAUGACUGUACCUUCCUCACAGGGGAUGACUGUACCACCCUCACUAAAUAUGACUGUACCACCCUUUCUGAAGGUGACUGUACCACACUCACUGAAGGUGACUGUACCACCAUCAAUGAAGAUGACUGUGACUGUAACACCUUCAAUGAAGAUGUCUGUACCAUCUUCACUGGUGAUGACUGUACCAUCCUCACUAAAGGUGACUGUACGACCCUUACUGAAGAUAACUGUACCAUCCUCACUGGUAAUGACUGUACAACAAUCACUGAACGUGACUGUACCACCCUCAAUGAAGAUGACUGUACCACCCUCACUAAAGGUGACUGUACCACCCUCACUGAAGGUGAAAGUACCAUCCUCACUGGUGAUGAUGGUACCACACUCACUGAAGGUGACUGUACCAUCCUUAUUGAAGAUGACUGUGCCACUCUCACUGAAGAUUACUGUAUCACCCUCACUGAAGGUGACUAUACCACCCUCACUGAAGACUGUACUGCAGUCACUGGCGAUGACUGUACCUUACUCACUGAAGGUGACUCCACCAUCCUCACUGAAGAUGAUUGUACCGCCCACACUGAAGAUGACUGCACCACCUUCAGAGAAGAUGACGGUACCAACCUCACUGGUGAUGACUGCACCACCCUCACCGAAGAUGACUGUACCAUCCUCACUGGUGAUGACUGUACCACACUCAAUGAAGAUAACUGUGCCAUCCUCACUGAAGAUGACCGUACCACCUUCACUGAAGGUGGCUAUACCGCCCUCAUUAAAGAUGACUGUACCGCCCUCCCUGAAGAUGACUGUAUCUUCCUCAGUGGUGAUGAUUGUACCACACUCACUAAAGGUGACUGUACUAUCCUCACUAAAGAUGAGUUUAACAUCCUCACUGGUGAAGACUGCACCACCCUCACUGAAGGUGACUAUACCAUAGUCACUGAAGGUGACUUCACCGUCCUCACUGGUGAUGACUGUACCAUCCUCACUGGUGAUGACUGUACCACACUCACUGAAGGUGACUAUACCACCCUCAGUGAAGAUGACUGUACCUUCAUCACAGAAGGUGACUGUACCACACUCACUGAAGGUGACUGUAAAGCCCUCACUGGUGAUGACUGUACCACACUCGCUGAAGGUGACUCUACCACCCUCACUGAAGAUUAUUGUACCACCCUCACUGAAGAUGACUGUUCCUUCCUCAGUGGUGACAAUUGUACCACACUCACUGAAGGUGACUGUGCCAUCCUCACUGAGGAUAACCAUACCACCCUCACUGAAGGUGACUGUACCACCAUCAAGGAAGAUGACUAUACCACCCUCACUGAAGAUGACGAGGACCAUACCACCCUCACUGAAGGUGACUUUACCACCCUCACUGAAGGUUUCUGUACCACCCUCACUGACGAUGACUGUACCGCCAUCACUGAAGGUGGCUGUACCACCUUUAGUGAGUACAGAGCAGUCAUCACCAGUCAGGGUGGAACAGUCACCUUCAGUGAGGGCAGUACAGUUAUCUUCAGUGAGGGUGGUAAAGCAACCUUCAGUGAGGGUAGUACAGUCACCUUCAGUGAGUGUGGUGCAGUGAUCACAAGUGUGGAUGGUGAUGACUUUACCACAGUCACUGAUGUUGACUGUAGAGCCCUCACUGAGGAUGACUAUACCAUCCUCACAGGGGAUGACUGUACCACUCUCACUGAAUAUGACUGUUCUGCCCACAGUGAAGGUGACUGUAUCACACUCACUGAAGGUGACUGUACCACACUCACUGAAGAUGAUUGUACUGCACUCACUGAAGAUGACUGUACCACCCUCACUGAAGAUGUCUCUACCAUCAUCUCUGGUGCUGACUGUACCAUCCUCACUGAAGGUGACUGUGCCACGUUUACUGAAUAUGACUGUACCAUCCUCACUGGUGAUGACUGCACCAAAUUCACUGAAGGUGACUGUAUCACCCUCUCUGAAGGUGACUGCACCACCCUCACUGAAGAUGACUGUACCACCCUCACUGAAGAUGACUAUACCAUCCUCACUGGUGAUGACUGCACCACCCUCACUAAUGAUGACUCUAGCACACUUACUGAAGAUGACUGUACCACCCUCACUGAAGAUGACUGCACCAUCCACACUGGUGAUGACUGUACCACACUCACUGAAGGUGACCAUACCACCAUCACUGGUGAUGACUGUACCAUCUUCAAUGGUGAUGAAUGUACCACCCUCACUAAAGAUGACUGUACCACUCUCACUGAUGAAGACUGUAGCAUCCUCACUGGUGAUGACAGUACCAUAGUUAUUGAAUUUGACUGUAGAGCCCUCACUGAGGAUGACUGUACCAUCCUCACUGUGGAUGGAUGUACCACCCUCACUGAAGAUGACUGUACCGCCCUCACUGAAGGUGACUGUACCACACUCACUGAAAGUAACUGUACCACACUCACUGAAGAUGACUUUACUGCUCUCACUGAAGAUGACUGUACCACCCUCACUGAAGGAGACUGUACCACUCUCACUGAAGAUGAAUGUACUGCACUCACUGGUGAGGACUGUACCACACUCACUGAAGUUGACUGCAUCGCCCACACUGAAGAUGACUGUAGUAUCACACUCACUGAAGAUGACUUUACUGCUCUCACUGAAGAUGACUGUACCACCCUCAUUGAAGGAGACUGUACCACUCUCACUGAAGAUGAAUGUACUGCACUCACUGGUGAGGACUGCAACACCCUCACUGAAAGGGACUGCACUGCCUUCACUGAAAAUGUCUGUACCACCCUCACUGAAGAUGACUGUACCAUACUCACUCAUGAUGAAUAUGCUACCCUCACUGAAGAUGACUGUACCACCCUCACUGAAAAUGACUGCAGUACCAUCCUCACUGAAGAUGACUGUACUGCCCUCACUGAAGGUGACAGUACCACCCUCACUGAAGAGGACUGUACCACCCUCAGUGAAGAUGGCUGUAAUACCAUCCUCACUGAAGAUGACUGUACCGCCCACACUGAAGAUGACUGUAGUACCAUCCUCAUUGAAGAUGACUGUACCACCCUCACUGAAGGUGACUGUUCCACCCUCACUGAAGAUUACUGUAAUACCAUCCUAAAGGAUGAUAACUACCACCUUCAGUGA